GCCUUGCCCUGUGAGUAAUUAGUUGUGGCCUCAAGACUGUCACUGGUGUUGAAGGUGAAAAAAGGAAAUUUGACUUAUACAUCAAGAAUUAACAACAUAUCUUUUGAUAGAAACGUUUUAAGGGUUUUAAAAUUUACUUACAGUUUAUAGGUGUUGGCCGAAAUGACAAACCAUUAGCAAUCUCUUAACACUACCUUUAUCCUCUUCGCCACACUAAGUGAUCGUGCAGGUCAAGUGGAAAUAAAGACCUGUUUGAUACUAUAAAUUCACCGAAGAAAGUAUCAAAGAAAUCAAAAUUUAUGAAAAUGAUUUACCAGAAGAGACUAUUAUGUCAGAUCAAAUGGGGUUUGUUUCAACGCUUCAGGUUUAUGACAAAGUUCAGCAGAAUUUGUGAUGAUUCUUCCAAGAAAGUUCUAGUGACUCAUGAAAGUGAAACAUUACCCAUUGGGAUAUCAUUUUGGUAUAGAAAUGAUGAAUUGAAACUUGAUCAGAUCUUCAAUCUCCAACGGUCUCCACAAGAACACUUGACUGAUGUGUUGGAAAAAAUUAGUGGAAAAAUUCAAGGAGCUGUUUAUUACAAAAACAGAAAAAGGGAAAAUUUUGUUAUGGAUGAACUUCCAGUAAAAAUGAUAUCCUUUAAUUAUGAUGAUAAUGCUUGUACCCAGAAUGACCUGACUUGCCAUGAAGCAUUUGUUCUUAACGGCUCAAAGCACAAUUUGGUUAUCGGAGAAGAGCACUAUUGUAUCGACGUUAAUCCUCCCAUCGUUGAAGUGGCAGAGUUUCCUAAGGUCAUUGUGGCAGGAUUUUUAGUUAACCUGAAAAAACUUGAGGUUCUAUUUGCCAACAAGGAAGAUUGUUUUUUUAAGUGGUAUAAGAGUGUAAAAAGGUUUGAUGCUGACAAGGUAUCUCGGAGUAAACGUAUAAUUGAAGACUUAAAAUGGAUUGAGUUAGGAGAAGGAUUCACCUGCACCCCAACAAAAGAAGAUGUUGGAAGGGUAUUGAAGGUUGUUGUGACUCCCUGUGUGGGAGAGCGCAGGGGGGAGGACAUAGAGGUGGUGUCCCCGGUGGUGGUGUCUGCUGGCCCUGAAGAAUGUCCCUUCCAAAAGAGACAACAGUUUACAAAGGAAAUAGUUGGAGACAACAGCCUUCGUGUGAUCUCAUACAAUAUCUUAGCUGAGGUCUAUACAAAUUCAAAUUAUGCUCGGGAAGAAUUAUUCCCAUCGUGUCCAAAGCAUGCACUUAAUAUGGACUAUCGCAAGCUGUUACUUAUUAAAGAAAUCAUUGGUUACAAUGGUGAUCUAAUAUGCUUGCAAGAAGUAGACGAGAAAGUGUUUUUACGUGAUAUUAGGCCAAUUCUAAUGGAUAGAGGCUUUGAUGGUUUCUAUGAUGCAAAAGGAGGGGAAAUUACAGAAGGUCUUGCUAUUUUCUUUCGACGCAGUAAACUAAGAAUGCUAGAGCGAAGACGUGUAGUCCUGAGCGAGGAUCUACAGAACGAGGUGUUGUUUGCUGAUAUCUGGCAAAAUAUACAGAGGAGUCCAGACUUGUUGAAAAAUUUUCUGCAUGUACGCACAAUCUUACAGGUGAAUGUGUUUGAGAGUGUCUGUGACCCCUCCAGAUUAUUGGUGGUUGGUGCCACUCACUUAUACUUUCACCCAGAUGCCAGUCACAUUCGUAUACUACAGGCAGGGAUGUGCCUUAAGAUCUUGCAGCAUGUCAUUACCCAGUAUCAGAUGAAGCAUCCAGACAAAGAGGUUUCACUACUCUUUUGUGGGGACUUCAAUAGCACACCAGAAUCUGCUCUCUACCAGUUCAUGACCACACAACAUGUUGAUAGUGGUAAUGUUGUCUGGAAGAGUAAAUUUGGAGAGUGUGUUGAGGGUAUGUGCUUAAGACAUGAGCUUGAGCUGGCCAGUGCCUGCGGGUGUCCUCCGUAUACCACCUAUACCUCAUCCUUCCACGGUUGUUUAGAUUAUAUAUUUUAUCAAACAAAAGAGUUCACUGUAAAACAGGUGGUACCCAUGCCAACCCUUGAGGAGGUGACCCAGCAUGGUGCUCUGCCAAGCAUCACAUUUCCAUCAGACCACAUACCUCUUAUUGUUGACCUUGAAUUCAGAAAGAGUGGAAAGUCUACAGAAUAAAACGUGUGUGAUAUAUUAAUUUACUGAAA